AUAUUUUUUUCCAUUUAUUUAAAAAAAAUAUUAUUAUUUGUAUUGCAGUAUAAGCAUAUUAAAAUAUAUAAACAUAUUUUUUAUGUAAGAAAAAGUUAAACUGCAAAAAAUAUUAUUAUUUCUUUUCGGGGGUCUCAGAAUCAAGAUGGCUGCCCACAGUUCCCUGCUCUCCGUGUUCAAAAUUAUAAAUCCACGUUGGAAUGGACGCAUCGGAAACACUGUGAAAGUGUUUGGAACAACUUUUACUAGUCACCGGAAUAAGACUUCUCUCACUAGAGAAAACAUUCCCCCUCCUGCAAAGUAUGGAGGCCGGCACACCGUCACCCUCAUACCUGGAGAUGGAAUUGGCCCAGAGCUCCUAAGUCAUGUCAAGGAGGUUUUCAGGUUCAGUUGUGUGCCUGUUGACUUUGAAGUGGUGCAAGUCAACUCGGCUAUGGAAGGUGAAGAUGAUAUCAUGAAUGCUAUCACUGCAAUCCGCCGGAAUGGUGUUGCCCUCAAAGGCAAUAUCGAGACCAAACAUACUUUGCCACCAUCUGUCAAAUCCAGGAACAAUGUACUGCGAACAACCUUAGACCUCUACGCUAAUGUGAUGCACUGCCAGUCCCUCCCGGGUGUCCAGACUCGCCACCAGAAUAUUGACAUCAUGAUCAUCCGAGAGAACACGGAGGGCGAGUACAGCAGCCUGGAGCACGAGAGUGUAUCCGGGGUAGUAGAGAGUCUGAAGAUCAUCACCAGGAACAACUCCCUCAGGAUUGCCGACUAUGCUUUCCGACUUGCCAGGGAGAAGGGUCGUCGCAGAGUCACCGCUGUGCAUAAGGCUAACAUCAUGAAGCUUGGUGAUGGCUUGUUUCUGCAGUGCUGCAAGGAAGUGGCCUCUGGAUACCCAGACAUUACAUUUGACAGCAUGAUUGUGGACAACACCACCAUGCAGCUCGUGUCCAAACCACAGCAGUUUGAUGUGAUGGUGAUGCCUAAUCUGUAUGGAAAUGUUGUGAGCAACGUGUGUGCCGGCCUGGUAGGAGGCCCCGGUCUUGUGCCUGGAGCCAAUUAUGGUCAGGACUAUGCUGUAUUUGAAACGGCUACAAGGAACACAGGAAAGAGUAUUGCAGGCAAGAACAUUGCAAACCCCACUGCCAUGCUGCUGGCUAGCUGCAUGAUGCUGGACCACCUGAAGCUGUAUGAACACGCCAGCUCGAUCAGGAAUGCAGUCUCCAUUACAAUGAAUGAAACUAGGUUGCACACAGCUGAUCUUGGAGGACAGGGCACCACAUCAGAGGUGGUCCAGUCUAUCAUGAGGGUCAUCCAGAGUAAGGGCCAGCUCACAUCUGAGCUUUAAGCAGCUUUUGAAUGACAACACGUCCUCGCCAAAUCCGUGGCCAUGAGGGAAAUGUCUGCAAGUGCAACAAACAUGUCUGUUUCUAUUCAAUCAUGCAUAACUUAUUAUGUCACUGUGGAACGAGUGCUUUAUUUUCACAAGUGGUUAUUGUAACGAUCACAAACUUUUAAUUAAAGUGAGUCAUCACUCAGUUGACAAAGUCACUGUAAAGAUGUUUAUUUCUAGAGUUUUACUCCGUUCAAAGUGUCCACCACACAUGACUUUAAUUGAGAAUGUUAUGUCUUUCAAAUUCUGACUUUUGUAAUCAUACAAAAUGUGCAUUACUCAUGUCAGGUCAUAACUGUUUUUGUUCUUGAGUUUGAUACAAACUUUCAUGCUUUUCUCAUGUUAUCAGCCUUACUUUACUUUGCAAACUGUUAUUUGAGUUCAUGUUGUAUUAUAAGAUUAUUACAGCAAUAAUUUGUGUCAAAGCUGCUCCCAUUGCUUGUUCUGUAAUGAUUUUCUUACUGUCAAAGUGGGCUAUAUCACAAAGUCUGAAAAUGGUCAAAUUCAUUGUAAAACAAUCAAUAAAUACUGCUUAAAUGCACAUUCUUCAAAAAAAGAAA